CUGAGAAAUCAAAACAAAAAUCAAUCGAUUGGUUCGUCAUCCACCCGGCAUUUAGAAAAUAUUCCGUAUUUCAUCAAGAACUGCAAUGUUUGAGCGCUAUCUGGCCGCUUUAGAAUACCCUGCCCAAGGAGGCAUUAAUAUCGAUGAUCCGAAAGAGUUCCGCAACAUAAUCCUCUGGCUGGAGGAUCAGAAGAUUCGCCACUACACCAUCGAGGACCGCGCGGGUCUGCGUAAGGUGGCUUCCGCGGCCGAAUGGGACCCCGCAUACGAUAAAUACAAACUGGAUCUGAAGUUCCCCACGGACCUGAAGUCGAAAUCCGAAGAGCUGACUUGGUUGUUCCUGUACGCCAUCAAGCUGGAGUACUCGGAUAAUGCGGACCGAUAUCGAGGGGUCACCGCUGCCCGGAAGUUGGAAGAGGAGAAGCGAGCGACGGCCGCUCCGGAGAUUAAGUCGACCAAUCCGUUCGACAAUCUGGACUUCCAUAGCAACGAGUUCGAGGAGGGAUCCCGGAAAUUGGCGGAAAAGCUCGGCAUUGCCUACCAUCCAGAUCACUUGGUGUCGCUGAGAUCGGCUGGUCGAGUGAUUUCAACCAUGUUCAACAAAGAGACCCUCAAAGAGCCCAUCAUCACAGGUAAGCCGUUCCCCAUUGACGAGGGAACCGGAAUGGGUUUCGGCAAGGAGCCUGAUCUAGAAAGGGCGGCACGUAUCUUGAGACUGCUGCAGAUCCAAAGCCUUCGGAAGUUGCAAACUGCCAUCAACGAGACGAUCGUAUCCGUGCAGAACAUCACAGCCGACCCGAGGACCGACACAACCUUGGGAAAGGUGGGGCAAAAAUGAACAAUGGGAGCCUUUCGGAUAGAAGGUACAUACUGCUGUCUCUUGUGGAUUGAAUUCCGUUUAAUUUAAGUGUAUAAUUUUCUUCAUUUGAAGUGAAUAAAACUCAACAAACUCUCAAA